AUGCUGCGGACCGUGCGCAGCCUCCGCCUCGUUGCGGGCGCCUCGGCGCGCCGCUCGCCCUCGCUCCCCCCCGCCGUGUCCAGCCGCGGCUUCGCCUCGCAGGCGGGCACGCUCGGCUUCUUCUCCAACGUGCUGGACGGCGCGCUCAACGUCAAGUCGGCGCAGUUCCAGGAGUCCCAGGCGCACAUGGCCAAGCUCACGGCCGAGCUGCGCGAGCGCGUGGCCCGGACGCGCCAGGGCGGCGGGGAGACGGCCCGCAAGCGCCACGAGUCCAGGGGCAAGAUGCUCGUGCGCGACCGCAUCGACUCGCUGCUGGACGCCGGCUCGCCCUUCCUGGAGCUGUCUUCGCUGGCCGCCUACAACGUCUACGGAGGGGAGUUCGACGUGCCGAGCGCCGGCAUCGUCACGGGCAUCGGCCGCAUCGCCGGCGUCGAGUGCAUGAUCCUGGGCAACGACGCCACGGUCAAGGGCGGCACGUACUUCCCCCUCACCGUCAAGAAGCACCUGCGCGCGCAGGAGAUCGCGCAGGAGAACCGCCUGCCCUGCGUCUACCUCGUGGACUCGGGCGGCGCCUUCCUGCCGCUGCAGGCCGACAUCUUUCCGGACCGCGACCACUUCGGCCGCGAGUUCUACAACCAGGCCAACAUGUCGGCCAUGGGCAUCCCGCAGAUCGCCGUCGUCAUGGGCAGCUGCACGGCCGGAGGCGCGUACGUGCCGGCCAUGUCGGACGAGAGCGUCAUUGUCAAAGGCAACGGCACGGUGUUCCUCGGCGGCCCGCCGCUGGUGAAGGCCGCGACGGGAGAAGUGAUCACGCCCGAGGAACUCGGCGGCGCCGACGUGCACUGCCGCACUUCCGGCGUGACCGACCACUACGCCAACAACGACGCCCACGCGCUGGACAUCACGCGGCGCAUUGUCAGCAACUUGAACUACCGCAAGCAGCCUGCCGUCACGCAGACGCCGAUCGAGGAGCCGCUGUACUCGCCGGACGAGCUGGGCGGCGUCAUCCCUGUGGACUCGCGCAAGCCGUUUGACGUGAGGAAGGUGAUUGCCCGCAUCGUGGACGGCAGUCGCUUCGACGAGUUCAAGAAGGAGUACGGUCCCACCAUGGUCACGGGCUUCGCACGCUUGUACGGGAACCCCGUGGGUAUUGUGGCCAACAACGGCAUCUUGUUCUCCGAGUCCUCCGUCAAGGCGGCGCACUUCAUCGAAUUGUGCAGCCAGCGCGGCAUUCCUCUGCUCUUCCUGCAGAACAUCACGGGCUUUAUGGUCGGCAAGAAGGCCGAGCACGGCGGUAUCGCCAAGGACGGCGCCAAGAUGGUCAUGGCUGUCUCGAACGCCAAGGUGCCCAAGAUCACGUGCAUCAUCGGCGGAUCAUACGGCGCAGGCAACUACGGUAUGUGCGGCCGAGCGUUCUCGCCGCGCUUCCUGUACAUGUGGCCGAACGCCCGCAUCUCCGUCAUGGGCGGAGAGCAGGCUGCCGGUGUGUUGGCGCAGGUGCAGCGUGACAACUACGAACGCCGCAAAGAGAACUGGUCGACUGAGGAGGAGGCGGCCUUCAAGCAGCCCAUUCUCGACAAGUACGAGCGCGAGAGCUCGGCGUACUACUCUACGGCCCGCAUCUGGGACGACGGUAUCAUUGAUCCCAAGGACACCCGCAAGGUGCUGGGAUUGAGUCUGAGCGCCGCGCUCAAUGAAGAGCCCAAGGAGACCAAGUUCGGUGUCUUCCGCAUGUGAGCGGGAUACCGUAAAGUGUGUGUGCACUCAAGUCAAGGGAGAAGCAGAUAUCGAACCGAGUCGGUUAUC